AUGGGCAGAGCAGAGGCUGCCCGCUUCAAAUCUGUCACGUCAACUCAGAAUCCUGAUCUGUACCGUGCUCGACAUCCCUUCCCCUGGGUCGGACAGGAAGACACGACACAGGUGCCACGUCUGCCGUCGACCAGUGUGUCCGCGCCAUUACUACCCUGCAUGUACCGAUUGCAUAUUGCAGUGAUAGCUCCGGUCCUAACGUCGGCGUGUCGGGAGCGUGCCAGCGUCACAAAGGCAGAGCAGAUGCCCGCAUAG